AUGGUUUCACCUUCGACAGCCAAAGAUCGACUGACAUCAUCAACGUCGAUAGUGGUUGUGGCAGAGAAGAAAGAUGAUUGGGUGCCCAAAGCAUCUUCCUUGAGCAUUCCUUCGUCUGAAACUCCUUUAGAGUCGCCGGCGAUGUUCUCAUCGAGCAGUAGCCCACCAAGUCCGACGCCGGCAGGUUGCAUAACAUGCCUUCUCCCAUGUAUCACCUUCGGCCGAAUUGCAGAAAUUGUGGAUGAAGGACAAACUUCAUGCUUUAACCAAGGCUGCGUCUACGGAUUGUUGAUGAUGGUGCAAUUUCAAUGGCUCUAUUCGUGCAUCUAUAGAGAGAAAAUGCGCAAAAAGUUCAGUUUGCCGGAACAACCUUGUUGCGAUUGUUGCGUUAAUUUCUGCUGCGAAUUAUGUGCCCUUUGUCAAGAGCACGCGGAGCUCAAAGCUAGAGGAUUUGAUCCCUCCAUCGGUUGGACUGGGCAACCAAAUGCUGUUCCCAAGAUGCAUUUCUCCAUGUUUAAAUAAAACAGUAGCUAUCGAACUACAGAAGGAACCAACAAACAAUUCAAAAGUCAAGUUGUUUCAGAGGCAAAGUCUUUUUCAAUAUUCAAUUAGCGAGAAGCUUUAUGAUUCAUUUGAUAAAUAACGAGUCAUUUACGAAGCGUAAGGACUUCCUUUCCUCUCUCUUUUCUUCUUCAUUUCAUAUAGUGGAAUUCAGAGUGUAGUGUUGAAUAGCUUUCUAUGCCUUUUGAUCAAUGACUCCUCUAAUCUAUAAGUACACAAAAAGAAAAAGGUUAUCUCCAUCACGUACUCCAUGCUUUCGGAAAUGAGAAGGAAAUUCAAGAGAAGCUAGCUCGAAUUGCACAUGUCAUACGAAGCUACCCUGGUUACUAGUUUGAGUUUGACGGUUGACUAAUCUUUUCAGAAAUUAGAAUCAGUCCUUGCUUUUGCAAAAUAUGAUCUAUUGUCUACGCCAUAUUUUGUUUUCUUCAAUCACAAUAAGU